GCAUGCUGGUGGUGAAUGUGACCUGGAGGAACAAGAGCUACGUCGGCACCCUGUUGGACUGUACUCGACAUGAUUGGGCACCUCCCAGGUUCUGUGAGUCUCCCACCAGUGACUUGGAGAUGAGGAAUGGCCGGGGCCGGGGCAAGAGGAUGAGGCCCAACAGCAACACACCCGUCAACGAGAACAGCAACUCGUCGGACAACAAGGGCAGCGGCACCAGCAAGACACGUGCCGCCAACAACAACAGUAAGGGUCGGCGGGGCAGCCAGACGUCGUCGGAGCGCCGCACGCCACCCAACAGCAACACAGAGGACGUCAAGGCCAGCCCCUCAUCGGCCAGCAAGCGCAAGUCCAAACCUGCCUCAGACAUGGAGCCCAACUCCAGCUCUGAGGACACCAAAGGCAACAAGCGCAUGCGCACCAACUCCAACAGCGGAGGAGGAGUGGCGCUUCCCCCUGUCCUUCCCCCCAUCCCCUCAAUUAAAACUGAGCCCCAGCCCCCGACACUCGACCGCAACUGUCCCUCGCCGGUCCUCAUUGACUGCCCGCACCCCGGCUGCAACAAGAAGUACAAGCACAUCAACGGCCUCAAGUACCACCAGGCACGCGCACACAACGACGACGACGACAUCAAGCUGGACCUGGAUGGGGACAGUGAGUACGGGGAGGACUCCACGCUUCAUCCUGAGCCGGGGAACUGCAACGGGGCCUCCAGUUCUCACAAAGGCUGCCUGUCUCCCGCACGGUCUGUCACCCCCAAAGGAAGGGGCUUUGACUGCCAGAGUCCGUCUCCUUCCCCGGGCAAGUUUGGUUCCAAACAGAGUAAAAAGAAAGGUGGCGACGCUGACCCUGAAGCAAGCGGCAUACCGAUGGAAGGCUGUGACGACGGGCCCUGUCUCACCGACGAGGCCAGCAACGACGGCAUGGAAAAGUCCAAGUCCCACAAGAAGUCCAAGACCGACAAACUAUCUCAGAAGAACAUGAAGUCAUCGUCCCGGCCUGUACCCCCAGGGAGCGUAGCUUCCCAGCAGCUGUACUCCCUACAGGCCGCCUCUUUCCCUGCCGGGGGGAACCCCAAUGCUUCUCUAGGGAUCCCCCCUAUGAUACAGGGCAUCCCCAAAAGCCCCCAGAUGAAGGGCAACCAGCCCACCAAACCCCCCGCCGCGAUGGGAGACCCUGCUGCGCUGAACCCUGCCGCGCUGAACCCUGCUUCCGGUGCCUCAAAAGAAAAGAAGAAGAAGGAGAAGAAGAAGAGAGACAGCAGGAAGGAGGCAGAGAGCCCCAAGCCUCCGGGGAAAGGGGGGAAACCAGAAGAGGGCAAGAGUCCCUACUCUGAGUCCUCAGAGCCAGGAAAAGGUGACGGGCUACUUAACGGCUCCUCGGACCCCCACCAGAGCCGUCUUGCCAGCAUCAAGGCAGAGGCGGAUAAGAUCUACAGCUUCACCGACAACGCCCCCAGUCUGUCCAUAGGGGUGGCCAGCCGGAUAGAGGGCACGGGAAUGCCUCAGCCACUCACGCCCCUCCACGUGGUCACCCAGAAUGGUGGCGGAGCCGACAACUCCUCGGUCAAGACCAACAGCCCGGCGUACUCGGACAUCUCGGACGCAGGGGAGGACGGCGAGGGCAGACUUGUGGAGGGGGUGAAGGUCAAGGUGGAGGACCAAGGUAUCAGAGAAGGAGCAAAGAAAGCCUUGUUUCCCAGCCAGACGCCCAACAAGGAGUCUCCGUACUAUGCCGGCUAUGAGGCCUACUACUCGCCCAACUACACCUGCCCCAGCCCCGGUGCCGCCAACCCGGGCAUGCCGCACACCGAAAGUCCGGCAUUGAAAGUGAAGCGUGAGGACGAACAGGAGAAUGUGGAAGACAAGGUCAAAGUGGAGCCUCACGAAGAUCGCAAACCCGAGAUGAACGCCUCCAGUCAACAACAACAACAUCAUCAUCAUCAUCAACAACAACAGCAGCAGCAGCAGUCAGUCAUCCAACAGCGCUCCAACAUGUACAUGCAGCCUCUCUAUUACAACCAGUACUCCUACGUUCCCCCGUAUGCCUACCACCCGGACCAGGCCUACCACAACCACCUGCUCAACACCAACCCGGCCUACCGGCACCAGUACGAGGAGCGCCAGCGCCAGGUGAUCUCUGAGCAGCACAGGGCUGCGGUGGCGGAGAAGAAGAGCUCUGACGCGGCGGCCAUGAAGGAACGCGAGGCCUCCAUGAAGGAGGAGUGGAAGCAGAAGGCCUUGGGGCCGCCCACUCUCUCCAAGGCCCCUGGAAAGACAGACAGCCUGGCCAACAAGACCCAACAGAACCAGGGUAAGACCAGAGACUCUCCAUCGGAGCCCUCCAAGGCCUCUGCCACAGGCCUGAAAGGAGAGGUAUCUAAGUCCCAGCAGGCCGAAGGGCUGAAGAUGAAGCUGAGUGAAGGGGGGCACCAUGGGAAGGAGGACUCCAAGCCAAGCCUAGACUCCAGAGCGGGGAUAGAGCAAGCCAUGUGGUACAGACAGCAGACCCAGAUGGAGGACGAGCAGCAACAACCACCACCGCGGUGGAAAGACGAGAGAGACCGAGAGCGAGAGAGAGACCGCGACCGCAAAGGAAAGGACGACAGGCCCAACAGGCCCAAGGAGAGUGGCGGUCCCAAAGAGGAGGAUGGCGCUGGUCCGAAAGAGGGCACAGACCCCAGAACGUCUUCUGCUGAGGACCAACGGGCCAUGGGCAAAGACCCUCGCGCCAAUGCCCACAUGCAGUUCUCCUCAGCCCUGGCGCAGCACCAGGGCUACAUGCCCUAUAUGCAUGGUUACCCUUAUGGGCAGGGCUAUGACCCCAGCCACCCCGGGUACAGAGGCAUGCCCACAGUCAUGAUGCAGAAUUACCCAGGUUCCCCCUACCUGCCUGCGGGCUAUCCGUUCUCCCCUUACGGCGGCAAGAUGGCCGGCGGUGAGGAGGAGGUGAGGGGAGGUGACAAGUCGCGCGCCAGCCCCACGGUGAGCGGCAAGGCAGCUUCGGUGGACUCCAAGGCCCUGGACAUCCUGCAGCAGCACGCCAGCCAGUACAAGAGCAAGUCCCCCACGGUGGGCGACAAGCCGUCCCAUGAGAGGGACAGGGGAGAGAGGAGCGGCGGGGAGAGGGAACGAGAGAGGGACAUGGAGCGGCCACGCUCCUCGCCCUCCCAGCGCAUCAUGCCCUCCCAUCACCACCUGGGAUACCCGCUGCUCUCGGGCCAGUAUGAUCUGUCCUACACUACAGGUCUCUCGUCAUCAGCUAUUGUUGCCAGUCAGCAAGCCGCAGCCCCCUCCCUCUACCCCCCGGCGCGGAGAUGAAAACGGGAGACGUGACCGACACCCCUGCAAAGAUUCAUGUGACUGGCUCACAUGAGGAAGCCCUGGGCUCCGAGUCCAUUUUAGACAUCAGUUGAAUGGUGUUUCUAUAUUUGUAGUUCUCUGCCUGAAUGUCCGGCAGAUUAUUUUUUUUCUUCUCCUAGCAGCAUCUUUUUCCCUCGUUUCCCUCCUGCCCCACCGUGGACUGGGACUGACCUCAUCCAAGGUUCAAAGCCAUCACUGUCUGCCCAUGUGCACACCUCCGCUGAUAUCUAUUGGUCUUUGCACUGUUGAUGAACGAACACAUGCAAAAGUAGACCAAUUGACUGCCUGAAAAGCUGAAAAGGGGUUCUGACUGCAUAGUUUUUUUAGUCCCAUGCAGAACGGGGCUGGGUGGCUGGGGGGGAUGAUGGGGGAGGGGUCAAACUAAAAUAAAGACUGACAAAACUAAACAAGUGAAUCAUGUUGAAAUGUUUGAACUUGCUGUUGUUGACCUGUUGUACCCAGUGUGCCAGUAUAUCCUGACAAUUGUCAUUAGUAGGUUUACUGUGUGUGGUGAAAGGACGCUUGAGGAGAGAGGCUCAACCUCCUCAGACUUCUAUAGGCGUUGAAGGGUUUGUUUUCUCGUCCCUCAACCAGCCAUUUGCUCGCUAAACACCUCUUGGUUCACUCUUCAGGGAUAGACAUAAUUAUUGUGUGAAGGAACACGUUCACCUCAAUACAGUUCAUGUUUUGUGUUUUCUUGA